AUUCAUGAAUCUAAAUACAUCAGUAUUAUAUGAUUCUGAGUAGCAAUACAUAAUAUUAUCAUGUUUUACAAGUUUCACAAAUAAUUUCUAGUUCUUUUUUUAAAUAAAAAUGCGAUGAAUACGUUAUCGUAACAUUUAUCGAAAUCAAUAUAAAGAGUAAUGUCUCUUGAUUAUAUCUUUUUGUAACAAUUAUAACUUUAAGCAGCUCGAAAUAACCUAUAAAACAUUUCCCCGAGAUAAUUCAAGUUUACAGAAAAAAAGAAACAAUAGCCGGCAUCUUUGUAUUUCACUCGAAAAAACUUCUUCGAGGAUUAUCAAAUAAAAGCAAAACUAAUGAUGUAUGUGAUGCAAUAUUCCGGUUUAUUAUCAAAGCAGUUAAGCACGAGUUACAUUCGAAACGGAACCAGGUUAGCUUCUUUCGGACAAUACAAAAAUUAUGGAAGAUUUCUUCAAUACCGCGAUAGAGUAGCAUUUUGGUUGAAAGAACAACGUGUUCAAGUAACCAGAGCUUGUGCAAGACAAUUUGAAUUUAUCGCUGCACAACGUAUUAGGAGAAGCUUGCAAAUAUUUCAUUUAUAUACACGAAUAUGGGAUGAAGUAGCGCUUAAAGAAUUUAUAAAAACUUGGAAGCGUCGUACAUUAAAAAAUGCUAAACAUUUUCUAACGAGUAGUAUUGGUGUAACAAUAUAUAAUUGGGAUCGUGAAAGAAUAACUGAAGAAGAAUUAAAUAGUUGUACACAGGAAAUUGAAGGAAUUUAUAAAUUAAAAGAUACUACGGUUAUUUGUCAAAAAUGUAACCAAAGAAUUCUCAUAGAUAAUCCACAACCAGGAAUAAACUAUUGUACAUGUUAUGGUGAAAAAUUUAGCGCCACUUCUAAUGUAGAUCGUACUUCGAUUUCAGAGGAAGGUUGGAGACCAUAUAUAGAACGACAAGAUAUGCUUAUUUGGAGAAGAGAAGAACCAAAUUUUGGAGGAUUGUUUUCAUAUAAAGUUUAUGGUACAUUUUCGGAUGUUACGGCUGAAGAUUUUUUGCAAACUCAAAUAGAUCUUGAGUACCGAAAAAAGUGGGAUGCAACUGCUCGAGAAUUACAAGUCGUAGAUACUGAUCCAUCAUUACAAAAAUCUGAUGACAGUGGUAUUGAUAUUAUAUAUUGGGAAACAAUAUGGCCGAGAUUAUUUAUGAACAGAGACUAUGUAUAUCAACGAAGAUGGGUUAUUGAUAAAGAAAAGCAGUUAAUCAUAAUUAUAAGUAAAGUAACAGAACAUCCCAAUGUGCCUAAUAAACCUGGAAUAUACAGAGUCACAACAUAUUGGUCAUAUAUGGUGAUAAGACCUUAUACAGAACUUCAUCAGCCAGGCAUUGAAUUUGGCUUAACUUAUUUUGAUGAUCCUGGUGUAAAUAUUCCAUCUACGAUUACCUCAUGGGUCACAAUGACAGGAUUGCCAGAUUUUCUACUUCGUAUGAGGCAUGCAUCGAAAAAUUAUCAAAAUUAUAAGCUUACAAAAGAGAAUGCAAAUAUUUCUACUGCUAAUCGCAUUCUUGCAAAUGAUGAUAUUGUUUCUGAGCAUAGUGUGAAUGAUGAACAAAGUGAUAAAGAGAGUGAAGUACUGGAUGCUAGAGAUACGCAGGAAACUGAUCUUAUUGAGGAAAUCGAAACUUUAACGCUUACAGAAAUGGAACAAAGUGAUACGAGUGACGUGAGUGACAUGAGUGAUGAAGAUAUAGAUAUAGAAGACUCAACCGACGAAGGCAGGGGUUUAUUACGUUAUUUUUUUCUUACAAAACUAUUUGUUUGACCAAUAAUUGCAAUAUAUUUGAAAUAAUGAAAUUGGUUUUGGCCAAUAGAAAGUCUUUAACAUGAUGUUGUACGAGCAGAGUGGUAAUGUAAUCCGUGAUCACGAUACAAAGAUACAGGUAGAAAAGGAUACAUUGGAUCACCGGCGUUACAUCAACGAUGAUAUCAUACAUGAAAUAUAGAAUUUUGAUGAAAUCAGCAUGAAGAAUUUUUAAAAAUAUUUUAUUUUUAUGAUAUUAUCUGUAGGAUAACAAAUGAGACUGAUUAUAUUUGUAAUUAGUUUCUUUUACACUAUUCAUUGUAUCAUAAAAAAGGGAAACAUGUGAAAAAAUGUUCAAUUAUAAAAAAUUGUCAGGUAAACAGAUGAAAUUUAUACAAACUCUUUUUGCUACAUGUCUAUAUAACACAACCAAAAUGCCAUGUUGUAUCUAUGUACAUUCAGGGUAGUGCAAAUAUAAAUAAUUGCAUAGAA